AUGGCUACCCGCAGCCGCACCUUUCUCUUUAUACAGCCAAACAGCAGCAAGCGGCAUGCGGCCGAGGAGGAGGGGCUAAUUGAGCAAACAAACGACGAUGGCGAAAUGGUAAUUGAGCUAGCGCAUUUGCCCCCGCGGUGGGUGGAUUUGGUCGACGACUUUAAUGAGCAAAUGGACGACAUAUCGCGCAAGAUCAAGCGGCUAGAAGCUAUGCACAAAAACACCUGCUGCCGGAUAAAUAUGCUGACGCACGACAUAACGGCGCAAUUCCAGUCAUGCGGAGGCCUGGUGCGGAGUAUCGGCCAAUACCAGGCGUUUGGCCAGGAGCAGGUGGUGGGCAAAAACAUUCAGUCGUCGCUGGCGCUCAGGCUGCAGGAGCUGUCGUCGGCAUUCCGAACUUCCCAGUCAACGUACUUGCACAAGAUGUCGUUGCACAAGGACGUCAAUACGGAUGUCUUUGCGCUGGACGUUGAGCACGAACGCUCGGUGUCGCGCAGGUUCGAUAUGACGCUGACUGACGAGCAGCUACAGAUGGUCGAGACCAAUGAAGCGGCUAUUGUUGAGCGCGAGGGAGAGAUUGCACAGAUUCACGAGUCCAUAGUUGAGCUGGCUGCGAUCUUUGGUCAGAUGCAGGGCAUGGUCAUAGACCAGGGAACGAUGCUGGACCGCAUCGAUUAUAACGUCGAAACCACAGUUGUUAAUGUUGCUGCUGCUGCCGAGGAGCUUGUGCAGGCCGACAGGCAUCACAAGGGCGCAGUGGCUAACAAGUGCAUCGUUGCGCUGGCCGUCGUAGUUAUAGUAUUGGUUGUUAUUCUGCUAAUAAAGUGGUUGUAG